CAGUUAAAAGACUUCGUUUACCCGCCUCCGUCACUUCGCCGAGUGGAACGUCAGCAUAAGCCUCCUCUCCGAUUGGCUUCCCGCCUACAUCGCCGGCGACAACUCCGAUAUAGUCGCCACAGAUACCAUGAAGAACACCGUAUAUGCUAAAGCCAAGGAAUGUUCCAAGCGACUCUCAGCAGAGGACUUUGCUAUAUAACUGGCCAAGCACUUCACUUCAUAUUAUAGGCAGGUCACUGCUGCUAUCAUCAGGAUAGUAGAGAAGCCAUGGGAACGUGUCAACAUGAACGGCCAGCUACAUACACAUGGAAUACAAGAGCAUGAGUUCAAUUGGAGUAGGAAUACAAAUGAUGAAAUGAUAUGAAUAUGGUUUUAAGCUUGGGUCUGAGAAGCACACUACUGAAGUGCUCCUAGACAAAUCCGGCGGAUUGCAGGUUACAUCUGGUGUUGAGGGUUUAGCAGUGCUGAAGACAACAAAGUCAGGUUUUGAGGGGUUCAUAAGAGACAAGUACACUAUCCUGCCUGAAACACAAGAAAGGAUGUUGGCCACAGAAGUUACAGCAUUAUGGAGGUACUCCAAAUCCCUCUCAGGUGUUCCCACAAAGAACCUUUACUUCACAGAGAUGUAUAUGAAUGUGAAAAAGGUUCUGCAACAUACUUCUUUUUGGCCCUCCUAAGGAGGGUGUGUACAGUCCAUCCGUCCAAAGCACACUUUAUGACAUGGCAAAGACUGUUCUUGGCAGGUUUCAAGACAUAGAAUCAAUCCACUUAAAGAUGCCAAACCUUCAUUUUCUACCUGUCAACUUGUCAAGCAAAGAUAAUCCAGCUAUUGUCAAGGCACCCGAUCAUGAUAACGCGAGAGCUGUCGAGCAUUUUAUUAGCAUGCCUCCUCCCACCCUAGUCGAUGAAGAAUGAAGCCCGAGGAUCCAGACAACGUAGAGAUUGAGAGAUUAGAGAUUGAGAGAUUGGAAUUCGCACACAAGGAUCGAGGACAACCUCCAAUCUAACUAAUUUUUGUGACAAUCCAACGGUUGAAUUUCAUCUCAAAGGCCAAUCGCACGGUCCAAUUUUAUAGGAACUGGCCAUCAGUUUCGAAGCCACGUUUUGCAUAUUCAGUCCAUAGCCUGAUGAAGAAGGAAGUUGCAGUUUGGAUUCUUUAGUUCUCUGGACGAGCCUAGGGUUUCCAUCUUUGCCCUGGAAGCAUAGAUCAAGAGAAACAAAGCAACCACGAAUCUAUGAAUUUGCUUGUGACGCUUGGUAAAGCCCACUUGUUCUUUCCUUCAAAAUUUAACUCUUUUAUUAAAGGGCGUAAGUAUACAAAUCCACUUGCGAUUUGUGUUGGGGAUGUUGAAGACAUACACAGAUCUACUGUCAUUGAUCAUCUAAGACAUGCUUGCUCCACUCUCUCCUUCCUGGUCCUGUUACUCUGGUGCUAAGCCGAGUUUUGUGCGUCCAAGUGAGUCAAGUGUCUUGGAGAAAUUUUUAAACCCUAGACUUGAGAGCAUAGGGGCUUUGUUCAUCUACCUGAUAAUGAGGUGAUAUCCAAUGAACCUUUAUACAACAUACUUGAGUAUGGGUUGCUGUAGAGCUGUUUACAACGGGCUUAUCUCACUAAUGGUGCUUCUACACCAUAUAUUAUUGUGAACUGGAACCAGCUUCUUAUAUAUGCAAUUAUAGUUGCCAGACUGUAUAAGCAAAAGCAUCAGCUUACCUUAUUUCAAUGAGAUAUACAUGUGGUGAAAUGAUCAAAAUCGCAUGUAUGGUUUGAUAAGUCAUGUCAUUAUCUUCGUUUCCGUUUUGGAAAUGCACUUCUUCAACUUCAUUCAGGGUAUUAACUUGCAAUUAUAGAUUUCCUAUUCAAUAAAUUAUGAUGUUCAGAUUUAAUAUUUCGAUUUUUAUAAAUUUGAUUAUCUAAUAUCAAAUAAUUAUGUUUAAUUUCAAUUUAUUAAAUGGCAUGAAGGGGUACGGUUAAUGGUUUCUAUUGUUCAUUUCAUUUAUUCAUAUGUGUUUGAAUGAUUUAGUCACUGAUCGGUUACACAUUGGCAUCCAUUUCAAUUUUAAAUAGAUUUCUUUUAAAAGCCUGUUAGUUCUCCCUAUGCACAAUUUGAAUUUCACUUUUUCCUUUAUGAAUUGUAUUGGUCUGUUUAUAGUGUAUGAUCUACCAUUUUCAUAGUACUGCAUUUGCAAAAGAAAGGGAAGUGCUGCAUUUUCAUAUUUUUUUCCUUCCCAAGUGUGAACAUAGUCAUAGGUUUGAAACUGGUAUAAGAAUAAAAUUGCACCUUUAUAUAAGAACAUUUAUUAUUUUGUAUUACACGGGAUAAUUUUCCUUUUCGAAUGGAAAAUUCUCUUUUGUUUCAAAUCCUAAUUUUCAUAGAUGAUCCACCAUCUGCUCUUCUUCAUCUUUUUCUCAUUUCUCAUCUAAUUAACCUAACCCUUUUUCACAACCAGUGGCCGAACACGGACGAAGCAGAUGGAUCCGACCGCCAAUUAAGGAUAUUUCACUUCUAAAACAUGAAAUCCAUAAGGAUCCUAUUUACGAAGAGCAAUUGCUGUUUUGGUAUCUUCAUUCCCAUACGAGCGGUUUCGAUCUUCGUCUUGGGAACAAACGUGUUUAAGCAUCUAUCAUCGCCUCUCUUCUCCAGGUUCCCCCAGUGCCGCAAGUUCAUUGUUAUUUGGGUAUCAGGAGGAAGGGAGUAUUACUUCUGAGAUUUUACAGUAAGCUUGAAUAGAAAUAGCAUUGGGAAAACAAACGAGGAAAUAAAUUAAUUAGCUGUCAAAAUACAAUUAAAUACGAAGUCUUCAAGUUAAGGAAGUUUCCCACGCAUCUAGAUCCUAUUAGACCCAACUCUUUUCCUGUAAUUUUGGAAAAAUAUUCUUAUCUCCCUUAUUAAUUUAUACACUUCCUUUUUUUAACUUUUCAUUAGAACAUUACACAGCAUUGGAGUGAUGGUGCCUUAGAGGUUUCUCUUUCCUAAGUUAGUUCACCUGAUUGUGCUCACCUGCAAGUGGUUCAUUGACUUUAUUCGUUUCAACUGCUUUAUAUUCUUAUGAAACUAUUUCUAAGCAAUUGAUUAUUGGAAUACUUUACAAUGCUAGAAGAAGCAAAGAAGGAGGUUCCUUCUAUCUUUAUGGUGCUAGAGUUUGAAAGUUGGAGUAUAUGAACUGGAAGCAAGGUUAUGUAGAGCAAAAAAGGCGACAGUGAAUGACAUUGAUGGUUCUCAAUAACAGGGUAUAGCUGGUGUUGCUCAAUGAGUUGAUUCACGGUGUUACAUACCUCCAUUGCUAAAUUGUCAAUUGGGCAUUAAAUCCAAUAGCAGAAAUGUAAACUCAAACCUUUCAAAUAAGAGUUAUAGACCAACAUGGAAUUUCAAGACAUGGAUAGUUUGAAUUCACAUAAUCUUGCUAAAACUUCCAAACCAAUUGAUAGUUCUGUAAUAAAGAAACAAAUAACUGUGGAGAAUAGAUAGUCAGAAAACCUUUUUUUUUUUGGUAUUUUUUUACAGGGGAUGGGAAAAAACGACGCAUGUAAAAUAUAGAGAUCUUAUUUUUGAAAUUUAAUCCAAUUAUAAUGAUCACAUGUUUUAUUUUCUUAUUAGUUUUAAUGUCACAUCACUCAUACAUAUGGGUAGAAGAUAAUGAAGUGGUGAAUUUGCAUCUCUAAAUAAUUUAUUUUAUUCUUUCUGAUUUUGUUUUGGCAGAAGAAAGGCUUGAACAAAAUACAAAUUUCUUCAUCUUUCUUCAUUGCUCGAAAAGAUGCCUCGAGAAAUUCUGCCUCUUUCUCAAGUCUUCUUACUUAUCCUUUCGAGGUGAGAACAAGCAGCUUUUAAAUGCUCCUUUCCAGUACCGGGGCUGACACAUGUAGCUGCUCCUGAUGAAGCAAUCCCUCUAGCCCGUUUAGAGCUUCUUCAACACUGUCCAUUGCCUUAAUAAAAACAAAAAUCAAACAUAGAGCUUCAACAAAGUGGGCUAUGAAUAAAAAUAAAUUGACAUUUACAGUACAACUUCUGUGCACAUUUGUUAGCACUGAAGUAUCAAUAGGUUACAACAAUUUUCUCCAAUGUCCAAUUUAGAUGCAUAAUUCGACAAAUUCAUUUUUGUUUCAUGUGACUUCUCUAUCCCUAGCUCUCACACAUUUAUGAAGAGUACUCACUCCUCCUCCCCUCCGUCUGAUCCCAAUCAUUCCUUCCCGUGAGAAACCUAUGGCCACCACGCACGCCACCGCUGCCGCCGCGCACGCCACCGCUGCUGCCGCGCACGCCACCGCUUCCGGCACGCACGCCACCGCUGCCAUCACGCACGCCACCACUGCCGCCAAGCACGCCACCGCUUCCGCCAAGCACGCCACCGCUGCCGCCAAGCACGCCGCCGCUGCCGCCAGGUACGCCACCAUCGCCGCUGCUGCCGCAGGGGCGCCGCCGACGCCGGCCUAGCUCACGCCAUGGUCGCGUGGAGAUGGCUCUGCUGUAGGCUUAGUUUUAUUUGUGUUGUAUGUAUGUGCUCCAAUAUUUAUGGACAUAUUAAUGUUAUGAGUUAUGAAAUGGUUGCUUGUUCCUUUCUUCUUCUUGCUCCAAGUCUAUGAUUUUUUUUUCCUUUAAUACCUUUGCAAUUUUAAUGUUCUUUUUUAAUUACUCCGUAAAGAAAAAUUCUCCCUAGCAAAGAAAAAAACACAUACUCUCUCCGUUCUCAAAAAUACUUCUUUUUCAUUUUUUACAUCACAACAGGAGCAAAAUUGGAAAUCAACUAUAAUUUAACACUUCCUUAUUUUUGCCCCAAAUUCAAAUGGGAAGUGUUUUUCCAAACGGAGGGAGUAUUAAAUAGGUUAAUUAAAU